AUGGCAUCCUCUCACCCCCUUUCCGCUACCUCCCUGUUUUGCCUGAAAGGAUGGGUAGCCGUCGUGACGGGCGGCGGAACAGGCAUCGGACUAAUGAUCACGCAAGCACUUGCUUCUAAUGGAGCCAAGGUGUAUAUAACCGGCCGCCGUACCGAUGUGCUCGAGACCACCGCGCGUGUUCAUGGUACUGCCGAGAGGCUUGGUUCCGGUGGUGGUGCUAUAGUGCCGUUGGCAAUGGAUGUGACGUCCAAGGAAAGUAUCACAAACGCGGUGGAAAGGAUUUCCCAGCAGGAGAGCCACAUCAACGUUCUGGUCAACAAUGCUGGAGUCUGGGCAGGACGACCAAGCGCAAAGCCUCAGGAUGGUCCUGAGGCUUACGGCAAGGCAAUGUUUGACGAAGGCAUAGAGGACGGUUGGCAGAGGGCAUUCCUCACAAACAGCACCGCUCCGUACCUGGUCACAGCAGCAUUUGUUCCAUUGCUUGCCAAGGCCCAAAAAAGCACAACAGGCAAAGCCGGAAGCGUGAUCAACAUUUCUUCCAGUUCGGGAAUGAUCACCCUAAGCCAGAACAGCCAGUAUUCGUAUAAUGUCAGCAAGGCCGCGUUGAAUCACCUCACGAGACAAAUGGCCUAUGAACUCAGGAACGAAAACAUAAACAUACGUGUCAAUGCCAUUGCUCCUGGAUACUUCCCAAGCGAGAUGACCGCCGGGCCUUCGGACGAUAACAAUCAAAAUACAUACGAACAAGAAGGGUUUCGCCAGUUUAUGCAGAGCAUGGGUGCCAAAGUCACCCGCAUGGGGUCAGCUGAGGAGCUUGCCAGUGUUGUACUGACACUUGCCACCAAUGAUUAUAUUACCGGAGCUAUCAUACCAGUUGACGGUGGAUUUACUCUAUAG